CCCAGGGGUGAUUUCUUUCUCCGAGUCCCCUCCACUCUGUGCUACACGCCUUGUGUUGUCAACCGGGAAUUGUCUGUGCUUCAGGAACACCGUACCUCUACUAUCAGCUGAAAUGGCACCCAAGAAGGACGCUAAGGCGGCUCCCGCCAAGAAGGCCGAAGCUGCACCUGCACCGGCACCGGCACCAGAGCCAGAAGCUCCUCCACCACCUGCCGCUGUCGACCUGUCCGCCGUCAAGAUUGAAUUCAGCCCAGACCAGAUUGAUGACUACAGGGAGGCCUUUGGUCUGUUUGACAGGGUGGGUGACAACAAGGUGGCUUACAACCAGAUCGCUGACAUCAUGCGCGCUCUGGGACAGAACCCCACCAACAAGGAGGUGGCCAAACUGCUCGGAAGCCCCUCCGCUGAUGACAUGGUCAGCAAGAGAGUAGACUUCGAGGGUUUCCUGCCUAUGCUCCAGUCCAUCAUCAACAGCCCAAACAAGGCACAAUUUGAGGACUACGUUGAGGGUCUGCGCGUCUUCGACAAGGAGGGCAACGGCACAGUGAUGGGUGCUGAGCUGCGUAUUGUUCUGUCAACACUGGGAGAGAAGAUGAAUGAGGCUGAGAUUGAUGCUCUUAUGACUGGACAGGAGGACGAGAACGGCUGUAUCAACUAUGAGGCCUUUGUCAAGCACAUCAUGUCUGUGUAAGGACCCUGCCACUGUAGUGGUGAGCAUCGUAAAUGUGCAGACCCCAUGGUGUCACGACAUCCACUCGCUGUUUCCUGUACCACCUGAGGAAGCAGGGGGAACUAAGGACUAUGGGAUGUCAUUUCCUGAACCCUUCCUUUUGUUUUGUUCUACUCUUUUUUUCCCCCUUUUGUCCAACUGGUGCCUCCUGCUUUUUGGGAAGCCAUCCUGAUUUCCCAUGAGAUGUUUCUUUGCUCAUCUUCACCCAAGUCCCCCUGUCUCAUUGGGGAUUCUAUCAUCACUGAUUUUCGAGUGUGAGGGGAAGGUGGGAUGAAGAUGACCUCCCCUUCCUGUAACUAACAGUCUGGCUGGCUCUCUAUCUGCCAGUAAAGUGACUGGUUUGGACCAGGACUGGCCAUCAAAAUGAAUCCACUUUUCACCCACUCCAUCCUUAGGUCUUACCUAAUUGUACCUUCUGCCACAAUAAACUUUUCACAAACUCCA